AUGAUUGAGUUAAGAUUAGAACAAUACGCUCGAGAUAAAUUUACGUUUCAGCAACAAUCAAAUCAACUAGACCAUGCUGAUUAUUAUCUUAUGGGUGUCUUGAUGGUUCGAUAUGAUAGUACAGCAAAUAAAGGGUACUCUUCAAAUGCUUGGAGUCUUUAUUUAAGAGAUUAUAUAGAAGAUCCUGAGGGAUCUAUUUGGCGUAUCUUUUGUGACGAACAAGAUCAAAAGGUCUCUUCAGAUCAAGCAUUGGCCGAUAUUCGUGGAAUGACAACUCAUCACACAGAACCUACACAAUUCUCAAAAGAUUAUAGACCUGUUUAUGUAUUUUAUGCCAAUCUAGAUUUACUACAAAAUCAACAAACACAGCCUGAAGGACAUGUUAUUACUUUGGAAGAUUAUACUUUUGAUGAAGAAGAUGAGGAUUCAAGAAUACAAGAAGAAGAAGAAGAAGAAGAUGUACCAUGCAUGCACUGUGGUAUUAAAGAAAUUGUAAAUGAUAUUAACGAUAUGUUCUUUUGUGAAUUAUGUAAUCAAGGUGUUCAUCAAUUAUGUGAAGAGCCACCAAUACAAGCAUUUGAAAAGAAUGUGGAUCCUUGGUAUUGCCGAACAUGUUGUAGAGCACAAGGAUUGCCCAUUCCAACAGAACAAGAAUUUUCAAGUGCUAAAAGAAAAAGACAAGAUGAACCGUCUUCAACAGAACAAGAGAAAGUAAUAAAAAAGACAGAAUAG